AAAGUAAACCAUGCCCUCAGGUCCGUGUUCCUGUGUCGGCAACCAGUUCCUCUUCUUCUUUAUCUCCGGCCUCAAUUCCAGAAGACGUCUUCUUCAGGGGUGCUUCUGAGGACCGGAGGCACUUCCUGUCUGAGAGCGACUGCAGCAGUGUGGAGGACCUGCUGCUGGAGCUCAGUCCUUUAAAAGAUUCGGAGUAUUUCAGAGAUCUGCAGCUCGGAUCUGCGGUGUCCACCGACCCACCACAAACAGAACCUCCGGUUGCCAACACACCCGUUUGUGAUAAGGGUACAGCGGUACCUUUUCAGACCUCAUCAGAGAGCGGAUCCCACCUGGAUUCCCAUCAACCGUUCCAGAGAGAUCACCCAGCAGCUUCUGCUGGAGAGGACACCAUGGACCGUUUGGUUGCUAUAAGAACCUCAGAGAUCAUGGAUUAUCCAGAAUCAGAAGAUGAGGAUUCAGACACAGAGAACUUUCCAACUUUGGUCCGAUCCAUGUCCACGUCUCGUAGACACAGUUCGGAUAUGCCACUGUCUCCGAUUGACCUGGGAAGAAGGUUCAGUCUAGACACUACUGGCACUGACAGCGAUGGGGAACGAGAGGUCCGAUGUCUCGGCCAAAGUUCCCUUUUACCGUCUUCUUCUUUCUCAGAGAGUUCAGUCGAGGAGACUUCUGGUGCCAUUGAAAGUGAAAGCCCCGAAUUAGCAAAGCGGCCCACAUCAGGGAAGACGGUGUAUUCCAGAUCCGAGAUCCUCGCCACGGAUGAAAAAUCUCAAGCUGACAAGGUCUCUCGCAUACUGGAAACGUCUCAGCAGGCUGCGAGAGAAGCCAGAGAGGAUGAGGAGUCAGAAGAAGCGCUGCAGUCUGUUGAAGGACGAAGUCACGUGCUGAUGGUACAGAAAGUUCUACAAGAGCUUAAACAGUAUCACGGAACUUCAAGCACAGAAAGAAAAGAAUCGGGCGGAAGUGUUACGUGGUAUGAGUUUCUCUCCAAUGAAAACGAAGACGAAGAGGAGGAACGACCAGAACGUUCGGAAAAAGGCACCAAAGUCAAGCGCACCCUCAGCUCUCUGAGGAACCGAGUGACCGGAUCCUUCAACAAAGACAAAGGUAAGACCCGUGAGAAAGAGCACCACAAAAACAGAGAAAAAGAGUUUCAACACUACGAGAAGGUGCGGCGUGUAAGCGUCAGCGGUCACCAGCUUGUGCCCGGCUCCUUUUCCAACUGGGCAACGUGUUCACUGUGCAGCAAAAGCCUACAAAGAAAGCAUGGCCUGCAGUGUUUGAACUGUGCUGUGAAUGUCCAUAAGAGCUGUCGGACCCUGUUGCCGGAGUGUAGCAGUAAAUCCAAGACAAAGGAUUCAGUACAGAAGACAUCAACCUCUGCAGCUCAGUCGUAUAACCAAGCAGCUCUGAGAGAGAACUGCUCCGCCCAGACGCCCACGUCCGAUGGCUCAUCCCGAACGUCUCGGUGCGCUACAGGUAUGACCGUUCCACCUAAAGGACACAGCGCCCAACCUGCCACCUCUAGCAACCCCACAGCAAGCCAGAACAGCAGCAAUAGCGGCUCUGUCGCAGGAGAGAUGGACGAGGUCGACGCAUUCAGAGUGAAGCGCCCGGCUGAGGACACGGUGUCUCUCGUCUCUUCAACGCCCGAAUCCCUUAUAGUCGAAGAUGCGUAUUACACCACGUUGCGAGGAGAGCUGGACGCUAUCAUGCAGGACUUCGAGGCGGAGUCCUGGAGUCUGGCCGUGGAUAACAACUUCUUAAAGACGCAGUCUAAGGAAAUGAUCAAGAUACAGGAUGUUAUAUAUGAGCUCAUCCAGACGGAGAUGCAUCACGUGAGGACGCUGAAGAUCAUGCAGCGCGUGUAUGCCCGAGAGAUGCGGGAGACCUUACAGAUGGACGACAGGAGGUUGGACUGUCUGUUUCCUCAGCUAGACAACCUGCUGGAGCUGCACAGUCACUUCCUGUCCCGCCUCAGGGAGCGACGGGCAGAGUCCCUGCAGACGGGCAGCGAACACGACUACGCUAUCCAGAAACUCUCAGAUAUCCUUAUAUCCCAGUUUUCUGGAGAGCUUGGAGAACGAAUGAAGGAAUGUUACGGGGAUUUCUGCAGUCGCCACACUGAAGCCGUAAACUAUUACAAAGAACAACUGCAGAGCAACAAGAAGUUCCAGAAUCUCAUGAAGAAAAUAAGCAAUUUGUCAAUCGUGAGACGGUUGGGCGUUCCAGAAUGCAUCCUUCUGGUGACGCAGCGAAUCACCAAGUACCCGGUUCUUGUGGAGCGAAUCCUACACAACACAGAAGCAGGCACAGAGGAACACGAAGGUCUGGCAGAAGCUCUCGGCCUGAUCAAGGACGUUAUCGUGCAUGUGGACGGUCAGGUCAAUCUCUAUGAGAAGGAAUCUCGGCUCAGGGAGAUCUCCUCCAAGAUGGAGCCCAAGUCCCAUGGAAAAAUAAAGGACGGGCGUGUUUUUCGUAAAGAGGAUCUGUGUCAGGGUCGCCGCAUGCUACUGUGUGAAGGCACGGUGUACUGGAAAGCCGCGUCCGGGCGACUCAAAGAUAUUCUCGCUCUACUGCUGACCGACGUUCUCGUCCUGCUGCAAGAAAAGGAUCAGAGAUACAUGUUUUCCACUGUGGACAACAAGCCGUCGGUAAUCUCCUUGCAAAAGCUGAUCGUACGAGAAGUUGCUCACGAGGAGCGUGCCAUGUUCCUCAUCUGCGCCUCCUCCAACCGACCCGAGAUGUACGAGAUCCACACGGCAUCGAAAGAAGAACGCAACACCUGGAUCACGAACAUCCGGCAGGCCGUUGAGAGCUGUCCACACACAGAGGAGAGGCUGUUUAGUGAGGAAGAGGAGGCAAGGGUUGCCAGAUUCAGAGAGUAUCAUGAGCGCCUGAUGUUAAAGGACGCCGAGAUCACUCGGAGCCUCGCAGAUAAACUGCAGUUGUUCGCAGAGCUGGCUGAAUCUGUGGCCGGCGUGGAGGACAUCAGCACUCGCUCUCGCUUGCUGUUGCGAGGAGACACAUCGGAUCUCCAGCAGGGGGAGCAACUGCUUAAAGGAGCCAUCACUGAAGUGGAGAACCUUCAGAACCUCCUGGCAUCUGGUGUGACAGAAACGCCUCAGACUACCGGAAACCAGAGUCCUGGUUUAAGCAUGCUUCCUCGCAGAGCGGACACCUUCGGUGGAUACGACAGCGCUCCUGCAAUACUUCCCAAAAAUGGCAGUAUGAAGAAGAAGAAGGUCUCCAGAGCGUCAGCCAGAUCUAGGGUACCCGGCGAAUGGGCCAGCUCAGACCCGCAGAUCAAAGAAAACCAAGCCUAUCAAAACCAAGAUGAGCCGGAUGAGACCUCCUCACCUGCCCCCCACAAAAAGCCCACCUUUAAAUUUCCUGAUACUGAGUUUUACGAGCGAGUCCUCCUGCUGUCUCAGGGACUUUACAGUCUACAGGCCAUCGUAUCUCAGCAAGACAGCCACAUCGAGCUCCAGCGGGCCUCGCUCCUCGCCGCCGAGCGGGAGCGCCCCGGCAGCCGGAGCCGCGGCACGGACGUCCUCCUCGAGCAGGAGAAGCAGAGGAACCUGGAGAAGCAUCGCGAGGAGAUGGCAAACUUCCAGCGCCUGCAGAGCCAGCACAGGCAGGAGCAGAUGCGCUGGGAGCGGGAGCGCGAAAAGCAGAGGCGACAGGCCGAGGCGGCCGAGCUGAGGCUGAAGGAGAGAGAACAGGAAUGCCAGAGACUUGAAGCUCGGCUUGCCGAGGAAAGGCAGGAGCUGGAACGUCAGAAGCAGACGUACCAGCAAGACCUGGAACGGUUGCGGGAGUCGACACGAGCCGUGGAGAAAGAAAGGGAGCGACUUGAAGAUCAGCGGAAGCUGAGGAAGCACAACACGAUGCCGCCCGCGCUGUUCGCGCAGGAAGCUGGACAGUUUUCCUCAAGUUACAACGGUGAGCUUGGUGGACCAGGGGACAAUCUUCCACCAAAGUUGCUUUUGCGGUCCUCUCAUUCUGUGUCUCCCGCCGAUUACCCGGAGCGUCCCGAGAUCCACUCUCGUCGAGAGAGCUCCGGUAUUACCCUGACGACAAAGACAGAGGUUCCCAUCCACCUCAUCAGCACCACUAACCAGCUCCACAAGCAGGGCGGAGUCCAGCAGCAAAUUCCCACCAAACUCGCCGCCCUCAGCAAGGGCAAAGAGAAGAGCGGAAAGGGAAAGAGUUCACACCGCACAGAGAGCUUGGCCUCUAUCGACAUGAAGCACACAUUGCCCAUCAAGCUGUCAGCGAGAGAUUCAGAAGGAAACUUAAAAGCACGACGCUCCGUUAGCCCCCAGCCGCAGCCCCCCCAACCACAACAGUCACACUCAGAUUCCCUCGGCUCUUCGGACGGCUGCGUGGACGCCCAGUCCGGCGUUACCAAAACCCAGAACACCCAGCACACCCUCCCAUACACUGUGAGCGAGAAGGCCGCCAAGGAAGACGUUAUCUUUUUCUGAGCGCCACACGGAAAUUCUUAAGGACAUACGUUUUGGUCGUUUUAAAUAAACGGGCCUGUCUUAAAAAAUUUUUUUUACCUAAAGACAUUUUAGCUCAGUCUUAACUACUAACUUACUGAAGUUUGGAAAUACGCCAGAGAGAACAUCAGUUUUAGUACAAAAUGAUGCAAAAAAUUCUCACUGUACAGAAAACCAAAAGAGUGAACGUAAGGACUGUUUCACGGACGUCGCACCAUUGAACAGUUGUGUAGCACACGGACAAAAUGAAGAAUACGUGGACGAUGAUUGUGUUUGCGAGCAAUUUUGCACACAACAGUUUCAAUAUUGAUGUGAUCGCUCAAGAGUGCGUUUACGUUGGGUUUUGUUGAACGCCGUCAAAUUUGAGACCGUACAUCUGUUCAUAUUCGCAAGGUUGUUUUGACCGCACACUGUUUAUGAAAUAGCUGGGUUUUAACGUACAUUUCUGGAUCGAAGAUUUUAUUCGGUUUUGAAUUUUAAAGGGAGCGUAGCUUGUCUAAAUUCAGCUUCGAAAAAAUAUUUUAGAUGGUGAAUGAAACAUUCAAGCCUUCAGUAUUUCAGCUGUUGAAAUGUUUGCGAAGAUAAAUUUGUUAAUCUCGCAAACACCAUCAAGAGAUUUCCAGGUUAUGUUUUACCCCAAAAUUGUAAAAAAUUAAAGAAAAUUAAGCCUUUAUAAGGUCGAUUUUUAUCAUUAAACCAAUGAAAAAUACAUUUCUUAAUGUUAUCUUUUGUUUUGAUAUUAAAUGAUCUUUUUUUUAUUCACACAACCUGUUCCUUUUAAAAUAAGUGCCAACAAAAGCUUAUUAUUCAUUACAUCAUGUAAACGAUUAAUGGGCUGCUGAACCGGUUUGACUGUUUAUUUUUUGUUAGUAAGAAAAUAAACAGUCAAACAUGUUUAGUAGCCCAUAACCCAGUUAGUUAUACAAUAAUGAAGAUAAUAAUCUGGCUUUUAAACAAGGUUUAUUUAACUUACUUUCCCACACUUGUUAUUUCCGCAUUCAAGUAGAAAUCUCUUUUUUUAUCACGUACAUUCAAUACAUUCCUUUUCUAAUGUAAUGCCAUAAAGUGGAGUUCCUUAAUGUAGAAACGAUGCCACUGUGAGAUGUAAUUUAUAUUACUUUACAUUAAUUCCACCAAAGAAUUGUACCUAAAACUCUCCAUUGUGUUCAAUCUUAACCCAUUCGCUGUAAGUAUGAAGUCACCAAAUCUGAAGUUUGUUUAUAAGCGAUUGUGUGAUUUGUAUGUAUAUGUUGUGUGUGUAUAUAUAGAAUUUCGUCCUAACCUAGAUGAGAUGUAGAUAUUGUGCAAGGAUGUCAUGUGACCAUUUGAUUUUGAGAUGGUAACCGUUAUGGCUCCCUAUCCAAGUGUAAAUUUUGUAUUAUGUAGGCACUUUUCUUUAAAAAAAUCUGUCAUUCAGUUAGCAGCUUCUCUUGGUUUUGCCUAGAAGGGAUACAGCAAGAUUUGGGUUUAGGGUUCGCUUUGAGUUGAAAACAGCGCUUUUGGCUAGAUGGGAUACAGUUACGGCCUAAGUCCCGUGAAAUGAGGGUAGGAUUAAGAUUAAACAGCGCUCACCUGGCGAGAUUUUUUCUUUUGCUGUAUACCUUCUAGCCACAACCUUGUUUGUAAACGACACACAAAUGCAUUGCUUUCACAUCUUUACGGUUAUUGAUAUGAUUUUCGUCCAUCAUUAUCUUCCUCGUGAUGCUUGAAGGUGCAAGUGAAGGGACUUAACUUUUCUUAUACUGUAGCAGAUCAGUUUUAUCCAGCAAAGCAUAAAUAAUGAGAUGUCGAUCACGUAUUAGUAAAGUCAAUUCACUGAAGCCAGCGACUAAAUGCUCACUUUUAUAGCUGCAGUGCACUUUACCUAAAAUUUUUUGUUUAAUUAUGUUCAAUGCUGUCUCAAAUUGUCAUUUAAACCGACCGGUGUACUUUGUGAUGGUACCUGUUUGGUGUCUUUGAUUUUUUUUUUUCCUGUAGAGGCUUAUUUAAGUGUUUGAUCAAGUAUUGUGCAAGUAUAUCUAAAAAAAGAUGAGUUUUUCCAAUUACACUAGCCACUUUUGGAUACAAGCGAACAUUAAGGGGACCUCAAGUGUUAAAUGUGAUUCUGCUUGAUGUUUUGUGUCUUAAUAAUGAAGUUCUUAGCACGCAAGGCCGAUGUGAUUUUCUACCACGAUGUUGUACUCGCUCUUAAAGGAAAAUAGAAAUAUUUGUGAACACUUAAAAGCGCUGCCUUUAGAGAUGUUUUAGUAAUAAAAUAUCUAGAAAAUUG